AUGACUUCUCUAACGGGUUCUAACAACUUUUCAGAUGACGGACGUGCAGUAAUAGAAAGAGCACUAAACGUGAAAAGCCAGAAACUGGCAAACUCAAUUGAAGAGUUGCAACAAGUGUACGAAACUGGAAGAACCAUUUCAUUCCUUCUCGAAGGUGGAUAUAAAAAGGUUGCUCUUCAAUUUCCUGACGAAUUACUGGCAGACUCUACGCAAAUUUCUUCCAUUCUAAAAGAUAAAACAGGCAGCAAGUUUUUUGUUCUUGCUGAUACAUCUUAUGGCAGUUGUUGUGUUGAUGAAAUAGCAGCUCAACACGUUGAUGCUGAUUGCAUAAUACAUUAUGGCCGAUCAUGUCUUAGCCUUACUUCCCGACUACCCGUUUUAUACAUAUUUGGAAAGCAUCCGAUAGAUGAAGCUCAUUGUCUGGAUACUUUUCAAGAAUUCUAUGAGGAAAGCAAAAAUUUGCCGAUAAUUGUUUCUUUCGAUGUUGUAUAUGCUCAUUGUAUUGAAAAUUUUGUGAGCCAAUUACACAGAAGAGGAUAUAACUCAAUCAUUCAGACUUUUGUAAAGACUGAAACUAAACAUGAAGUGACGACAAUAGAAGAAUCGGAUUCUUCUAAACAGCAAAAGGGCCGAUAUUACAAUUUACCGGAAGGCACAAAUAUCGAGGAUUGCUCGAUUUUUUAUAUCGGUGGAGAAAGUCUUACGCUGGCUAAUUUACUUAUGACUCAUAAUAAAUGCAAGGUAUACACUUACAACCCGCAGACUCGAGAAGGACGACAAGAGACUCUACAAGUGAACCGCGCUCUAAUGAAACGAUAUUAUAUGGUUCAAAAAGCAAAAGAUGCGGAUGUAAUUGGCAUAGUAGUUGGGACAUUAGGAGUUGCCUCAUAUCUGACAAUCAUAUCACACUUGAAAAAACUUAUUACCAGAGCGGGGAAAAAAGCGUAUACUUUUGUAAUGGGUAAACUCAAUGUUGCGAAAAUGGCAAAUUUCAUGGAAAUCGAUUGUUAUGUACUGGUCGCAUGUCCUGAGAAUAGCUUGAUUGAUUCAAAGGAAUUUUAUCGACCGAUAGUGACUCCGUUUGAAUUAGAAAUAGCGCUCGACAGUUCUAAACCUUGGACUGGCGAAUACGUAACAGAUUUUCAGCAAUUAUUACUAGGUAUUACAAAAGAUAAAUCGGAAGAGAAUUCAGAGUCUAUAAGACUUGGCAAGGAAGAAGAUCAGAGUAAUGAUGACGAUGUUCCCCACUAUUCAUUAGUCACCGGACAACUUAAAAAAGGUCGGAAAUACGCCAUUGAUCAAAAGAAUGGUGGUGAUGAAGCCAUAGACUCGACUACUUCAGACACAGACAUUAUCUUACGUGAUAAAAACACGCAAUUAACAUCCACCGCCACUGUGUUGAAAAACAGUGCUGCCGCCGAAUUUUUAAAUUUGAGAAGCUUUCGAGGUCUCGAAAAGCAAAUUGGUGGAACCGUAGUUUCUGAGGCGGAAGAAGGGCGGUCCGGGAUCGCUAGAGGAUAUUCGGAUGAAAAAUAA